CCGGUACACAAAUAACAAGGCAUCUUCGUGUUUUAUUGCAAUUUUCAUUUGAUUGUUACAUAUCCUUACAAACAAAUUUCUGAUGAUUAAAGUAUAUUUAUAGUUUUAAUAGUAGUUCUUAAUUUUUAGCAAACUUAUAAAUUAAGCAGGACACAUACUUAAGUUGUAUUUCCUUAAAAUGAAUUAAGCUUAGGCAUCAUUAAAAAUAUGUAUAGUUAAUAGUAUAGUUUUAAUAAUUUUAAUAGUAGAUCUUACUUAAUUGUUAGCAAACUUAUAAAUUAAGCAGGACACAUACUUAAGUUGUAUUUCUUUAAAAUUAAUUAGGCUUAGGCAUCAUGAAUCAUACUAUUCCACUAUUUGUAAUUUUUUUUUUAGUUCUUACAAAUACAAGUUUUACUUUUAGUAAUUUAAUUAAUUUAUUAUAAAUUAUUAUGCCAUUAUGCUGCUACUAAACUAAGUAGGCCUAUUAUAAAUUAUACUAAAUUAUUGUAGAUUAUACUAUUAAGUAUUAGUAUACUAUGGACCUAUGAUUUAUAAGUAUAAGUCAUACACUGAGACUGAGUAACACCGAAGUAACACUUUAUAAUAAAGUUAAAAAGUAUAUAAUACUAAUUAGUACAGUGAGUGAGUCUGUCUAGGUAUAAAUAGACUAUAACUUAAACUAUUAAUAGUAUAUAUAGAUAACCAUAGUAGAUUUAUAAAUAAUAGUAUAGUAAUUCUGGUUGAUUUUGGGUUAGCGUUAAAUCUGGCAAUGUGUUCCACGGUAUAUAAUAUAAUAAAGGACACGGAGGUUCCCCCAGGUUCACUUCCGUCUACAGCGCCAUACUAAAAAGAUUUUGAUGUUUAUAUUCCCUUAUUGCAAGUUAUUGUUUUCUUAUUUUAUAUUUUUGAAAUUGUGGAGGGGUUCUGGUGAGUGGUCUCCCCAGAGGAUUUCUUUGUUUCUUGUUUUGGUAUUUAAAGUUGGGGGAGGGUUUCCCCUUCCCAGUCCCUUGAAGAUCAUUCCAAAUGCAAUUUAAGCAGUAUUCUCCCCUUUGUUACCGAUGUUGUAACAUACGGAUAUUUUGAUUUUCAGCUAGUCAAAAUACAGCACUUUUGGCGUGCAUCUGUUUUUCACUGGUGUUGGGUCUUGGGGUAUCAGCAUUAGGUGUUUCUUUAUCCUCUUCUUUGGAACGUGUAAGAAUAUUUUAAAACAAAUUAAUGGAAAAUUUCAAUGUACUUCAUAUUAACCGUAUCGUCUAUGACGUGAGUAAUGCCCAAUAAAGAAAGGAAUGUUAUCACACACAUCGUUCGGGUCCUACAAUUAUUAGGUUUAUUCACUUGAAAUCCAGUGUUGGGAUUCCUCAAAGUGACGUCACUGCGCUUAGGGUGAGACAAUUCUUGGCAAACCGAUACCGUUAAUCCAAAACUUACCAGUAAUCCUUAGAAUUAGCAUACGAUUCUACUAUUUCUACUCAAUAUAAGUAAUAUAACGUCAUCAAAUGAAAGUAAUUCAACGUGGUUAUUGAUUUUGACAAAGGUUGAGAUAAAAAGUAUGGUAAAAGCCCUGAGUGAAGAAGUGUCUGUUAAAAUUCUUGCCUCUAAUAUAAUAUUAAUGUCAAUUAUUUUACGAUGACAUUAAUAUUAUAUUAUAGAACUAAAAAAGUAAUUAGGAGUUUUAAAAAGUGGUUCCAGAUUUUGGAAUUCCCAUUGUUUUUCUGAUUUCACUUUUUUUUUUUAUGAUUGCAAACACAAUCAUAACUAUUGACACAUAUUUUUUAGGCCAGGGUUGGGUGGAGCACAAUGCUUCAUUCCUUACUUUUGCAUUCUUUUUAUAUAAUUUGGGAUAAACUUUGCAACUUUUUUCAAUACUGUAGUAUCCAUCAGUAAUGCAGCAAGACCCAUCAUUGACCUGCGGUUUCCUCCUUCCCUCACAAUAUCUCAGAUUUUAUAUUCUGUACAUUGCAGUUAUCGAAAUUAAUUAGUUAUUUUGAUAUUUAUUACAUUAAGUUGUAAACUGAAGACAAUGGUGUCUUGUUUAUGAAAGUACCAUAAUAGGAAGUGUCAUAAUAUUAUAUUAUAUACAGGGCUCAUUUGGCCUAUCAUACCCAACUGUUUCAUUUUAUUUAAUGAUAAUCUUUCUUUAGUCUUUAUAUUGUAUUCAUUGGCCAAUGUUUUUUUAUAGCGUUUAGAAUUUUUACAAUAAUGAAUAUUGAACCCCCCAAACUCUUGUUACAGGUAUUAACUUUAUUUAAUUAAAGGCCUUCAUCUUAUGCUAUUGAUUGAUUUAUUUUCUGCAUCAUCAUGUAAUUAUAUUUUCUUCAAGGUCUUAAUAAUUAUUCUGAUUAAUUUCUUCAAGGAUUUGGGCAUCUUAUAUGAAAUAAUUUAUAGUUAAAUAUAGAAAAUGUUGAAAUUUUUAUUAUUGCAAAUCAUAAUUAAAUAUAAUAUAAUGACAAAGCUAAAGUUGUUACUCAUGUUCCCAUUGAUACAUUAACUUAAGUAUACUAUUUACUGUUAUCUUCAAUAUAAAAAAGAAUGAAUAUUAAAGUACUGGUAAUUUUUUAAAAUAAUAUUUUAUUAAAUAACUUAAAUUUUUAUUCAGCUACACCAAAAAGAAUACUGCAUCUUCAAGCUGAAAAACUCCAUCUGUUAAGAUGUCACUCAUAGAUAUAGAUAUAUUACCUAGACAAAUAUCACAGGAUGUCAGACUAAAUCAGCAGCAACAGGCUUCUUCACUUCCACCCCCUGUGGUGGAUCCAGGUUCUAGCCGUCCUAGCAGAACAUCUGGCACAUCUAGAGAUUCUGGUAGUCGAACAAGAAGCUCUAGAAGAAAUCAUGGGCACCGUAGUAGAUCUUCCAACAGUCGACCCAGAAGUAGACACAGACACUCUAGUAGACAUCAUGAUCGUUACAGUACAAGAAUGUAUUUUAAGCACAAGGAGCGCAAUUUUUCUGCAGCGUUAUUCAGUAUGAUUACAAUUGUUUUGCUCUGCACUUCACUUGAGCCAGACUGGAUAUUUCUUACUGUAAGUUUUAUAAAUAGGAGUUAUUACAUUACAUUACAAAAUAGAUUUUUAAUGGCAUUAGUUUGUGUUGUGGAAAGGUAGCUUUGUAUUUAUAACUUAAGUAACUUACUAAUAUUGCUUAACAAUGUUAUGUUGUAUGUUAUCCUACAGUAAAAGUAAAAUAUUAAUUUUGUAUUUGAUCAACAGGGAGGUGGAUGUCAUUUACUUCCUAAACCUGCUGGAAGUUUAAAACAGUUGAGCACAACACAAUUUUUUUAUAAUGGCCACUUCUAUAAAAAUUAUCCAAACACUGGCUUAGAUGACGUAGUUUACAAGUUUGGUCCUGGAGCUAAUGACAGUAUGUGUGGUUGAUUAUAAAACAUUUUUUUAAUUAUGGAGAGAAAACGAAUUAAUGAUGCAUGACUUAUAUACUUAACUAAGUUUUCAAAUGAUAAUAUUUUUAAUAACAAACAUGCUUAGUUUUAAUACAUUUAAAAGAAAAUAAUUAAUUGGAAAAAAAAGGAUGUUCAUCAUUUUGAAAAUGUCUUUAGAAGUUCCAGUUGUAGACCUGGUUACUGUUAUGAUUUUGGAGUAUAAUGUAAAAUUUGGAGAUGUGUUUUACAAUUGUGUGUCAAGAUCAGUCAGAACUAUGACUAAAGUGACUGGGUGGAAAAAAAUAUUCCAGGAGUUUUUACCACAAAAUUUUCUUUUACAUUUGUUAAUUUUGUGUCCGAUCCUGAAUCGACAGAGACAUACCAUUGGUUGGAUACAUCCAUGAUUAUAUUAAGUACGCACUGAAAUGGAAAGGGAGGGGUGGUCAGUGGUGUUGACUUAGGAGUGGGAGAAGUCUAAUUACCACCAUCUCUUUUUGUAAUGAUGGUGAUGGUCGUCAAUUUGUUGCCUUGUGUUUUCACAAUCAACUCGCUAGAUACGACAACAGCAAUAUUUGCCUUGUCACCCUGGUAAAAAUUUAGUUAACAUUGGCUUGUUUGCUUUGGUGCUGUAUGUCAAAAUUUUGUGGCAUAAUUAUUUCAUUCUUCGGCUGAAUCCUAGCAAUUGCAAAAAUGGAGAAAACAUGCAUUUAAAAAAAAAAAUGCACUAAUCAAUUACUCUGCACAGCAGCUUCAGAUUUUGACAUAUAUUAUAAGAUAUAGUAAGGAACCAUGCACAUAUUAUAUAACGCGAAGGGGGUAGAGACUGAAAUAAAGUAGAUAGAAAUAAGUGUAAUCUUAAAUUAUAAAACAAUUUACUACUUAAUAAUAAUAAUAAUAAAGUUCAUUUCAAAAACACGCUUCAUCCCCAAAGGCUCGAAGCGCGGUACAAAGUCAACAAAAAACAAAUCUAUAAUUUACCACAUUUAAAACAAACGCAACACUACAAAAACUAAUUACAAGCAUACAAUGGCAAAGUCUUUCUAGCCAUUUCAACCCUAAGCAACACAGCCAGUAUGCAUUAACUGGAAAAUAAGGUAGACAAUCAUCAAUAACGAGUAAAAUUAAAGGAUUUUUAUAAACACGGCUAGGUAAAAGGAACCUAAUUUUUCGCAAACAUUCUGAUUCAGUGUAAAAUGAUACAAAACUUUAUUCAGAUAUAAAUAUAAACAAAAGUGCAUCCCUGGGCUUUGAAGUUAUAAAAAAACAAGUUCUGGGUUUUAGCGCCCUCCCCUAUCCCCCACCCUGGUUCCAUGUUUCCACACCUCCACUCCUUUUCAUCUAAUUAAACUCACUUUUUAUUUUGAAUUCUUCCUCAGUUAUGGUGAACUGUGUGACUUACCCAACUGUGUUGUUGUUUAAAACAAGUAUAGCCUUUGUUUUUAUUGCCAUAGCAUGUAGCAUGGCAGCAUUUCUUCUGGAUUUGGUUGGGCCAAGCUAUCAACUUCUUAAGUUGUUGAGGAGAAAUGCCAUUUUUAAUAUCCUUACAGGUAAUCCUCUUCUUUUAAACCUUUAGUGGAUAAUUUUUCUAAUUUAAUUAAUAGGUAAACAUAUUCCAUCAUGCUACAUGAUUUAAUUAGUGAGAGCGCUAAGGAAAUUUUCAGUUUCCACAGACCAAACUAUUUGCUUAUUAAUGCUGUCAAACGGUAUUUAAGGUCCAAAUGGUUUUAGCUGAGGUUAUAACACUCUUUGUAGCUACUAUUAUUUAUUAGUAUUUUUUAUUAUCAAAGUUUAAUUAAGCAUUACGGUACUUUGGGAAUUAUUUAAUUGUUUUCUGUGAUUUUUUAAAACUCAAAUAACAUAAAGUAUUUAAAUUAAACUUUCAUUUGUCUGAAUCUUGCAGUAAAAUUUAAAUACCGGUGCCAAAUUUAAAAACCAACUAUUAAUAAUAGGUAUUUGAGGGGAAAACAAAUUUUUAAGAGUAAAGUAAUGAAUAUAAUGCACAAAGAAAGCUUGGAAAUACCUGUUAUUAAAUGCCUCUUUAAAUUUAUUAUUAUAUAUUUUUUUUUUGUUGUUAAAACAGUUGUCUUGUGUGUUACCAUCAAUCUGUUUACUUACUGGAUCACAACAGCAAUUGAAAAGCUGCAAUCUUCAUCUCGUCUACAUGAUGGCAGUAAAGUGCAGGUUACAUUUGAUGUAAGCUUCUAUCUAGUGACUGCUGCAGGUGGAUUGUCAGUGUUAGCCACUGCCUGUAAUUGUCUGCGAAGACAUACAAUGUACGAAUCGACUGAAUCUUCUCGAAAUCCAGAUUACUUAUACUUUGAUGAUACUGAAGCUUUAAUACCACCACCAUCUCCUAGUACAGAUGUUGCUUCACUCACUAAUUUUCCCCCUCCACCAGCUUAUACCCCGUAAAUAAUUCCAUUGCUGAUAGAACAAACUUUAUGUUUUCAUUUAUUCAUUUUGCUGUUGCUUGGGUUUGUGAAUGGUCAAGGAUGCAUGUCCACUUGGCUGUAACAUCUUGCUGGCUGGCAUUAAUUGAUAGCCAAAACAAAUGUUUGUUUCAAGUUGUGAUUAUAUUAUCAUAUUUGUUUAUGUAAAAAAAAAAUACAAUGUAUGUACAGAAUAUUAAGUUUGUGUACCUGUACCUGCAGUAGGUGUACAUAAUGUAACACAUGCACACAUUAAUCAUUAACAACUGCCUUAGUUUUAUGUAAAAAUAUAUUAUGUAAUCAUUUUAUUUAUUUUUUGAUGAUUUUAAAGUUUUGUCAUAUAUGUGGUUGCGAUUUGCUUUCAUGUUGAUACUUUAUGGCCAUAAUACAACACCCCUUUGGAAGUUAAAAGGGUUAUUUCAUUUUAAACCUAGCUCGAGUACUGAAAAAUUAUUUUUUUUUCCUGAAGUGAGAACAUUUUUUCGUUUUCUUUGUAAGUUAUGUAAAUAAAUAUACUGCACUCGUAUCAGCUGAGACUGAGUGCAUAAAAAAAGAUCCCACAAAGUCUAAAAAACAUAUUUGUGAUAUCUCAUAAUUUUUUGGGCAAGCUUAUUUUAAAGUCAUAAUAUUUAUAUAUAUAUGUAUAUACACACAGACAC